AUGGUCGUGCUCCGUAGCACCUUGGAACCAGAUCAAGGUGAAGACGCGGCUGAGGUCGACAGAUGGCGCAGUGAGUUGGCGGCGAUUGGUGAAACUGGCUUUCAGAGAUAUCUCAAGGAGAUCCUGCCCUCUGAGCUGAAGUUGGAUCAGCAAUUUGCAGCCGAGUUCCAAGUAGCAGAUGAGAGUAGAUGGAACCUGGGAUUCUUCAGGUGGCAAAAGCGCGUUUAUUCCAAGGCAAGCAAAAUCAGCACUGAAGAGUUAUUGUGGGAUGGAAAGCCGGUCCCAGCUUUGAAGGGCGUCGACUAUGAUUGGGCUGAGCUGCAUAAGCCCAAGAUGCUGGCCUCGAUGGUCAAGAGGAUCUCAACACCUCUGGCGAGAUACAAGAAGGUUGCAGAGGCAAAUCUCGAGCUUGGCCGUGGCAGGCGGGCACGAUUCAUCCCAUGGGUGGAGGUUUACCGACCGGGUGAAUUUCAACGUCCGCACACGCACACGGGAUCGCCGGUGGUGGGCAUCAUCGCCCUAAGGUGUGGCUUUGAGAGCCAGCGGAUGGCCAUUGAGGAUCCCAGAGGGAUCAAUCCACCCUUUGGGCGAAAAUAUACUCACGCAUUCAAGCAGGGCGACGUGCUCUUUUUUCCGUCAUGGACCUCCCAUUUGAUGGAACCCAAUCGUCACAACGAGACCAACAUCUUCCUCAGUUUCGCAGUGCAAGGACAGGAAGGAGUUACCUCCUUUGACUGGGAAGACGAUGGCAUAGGCGCUCUGGUGAAGACAGUGAAGAAGAAGAUCAAGGCCGCCAUCCGGUGCAAAAGACACAAAAAGAAGCCAAAGGACAACGAGAAGAGUUGUGAUACACCUGAGAUCCCAGCUGAACGAUCCGUUGAAUUGGCCCAUUGGCACCAGUCGCGGCGAAUAGCGCUGUUGGCGUGUGCGAGCUUCGCAGUCGGCGCCAAUGUAGUGCCUUGCGACCUGGGGCUCCUUUUGACGCUGCAUCGCCAGGUGGAGCCUGUCGUCUUAGACAUUGCUGAGAUCCACUACCGCUUCACCAGCGGUCGACACCACGAGGUCAUUGAGGUGAUCUCCCUUUUUCAAGUGGAUCGAAUCUGUCGCAGCGUUCUAAAGGUCGUUGAGUCCAUUCGGCAGACACUGGGCUCACUUGUUUGCCCCUACCAUUUCGAUGAUGGCGUCCCAAGGGACUCCUUGCCAGAGCGUUUGACUCCCUCCAGAAUCCUUCAACAAUUCUUUGCAGAUGUUCGGCAGCUGGCAAGGACUGGAGGGACCGAAGUCUAUAGCCAGGAGAUGAUUGAUGAGGUCAGCAGUUCGUGGGCUCCUUCUGAGAAUGAACUGUUGGCCUUGGUCCUUCGCCUCGAAAAUUGGGCCGUGGAAUCCCGGAAGGUUGGCUAUCUCAUGGAGGCUGAGACCUUUCACUCGAUUGAGGGGCUGGUUCAACGAUUCUUAGCCAUGGCUGUUGACUUUGCCCGCUCCCUUGCAGAGGAUAUGAGUGCAAUGUUCCGUGCUCCCAACUACGUAUCGCGAGAGAUGACCCCCGGAGGUCAAGCCGACACCGAGGAGCACCGAAAGGGGGAUCCAGUGACGGUGGACAUCUUUCAGCAUCAGCCCGAGCAUGGUCUUACAUUGAAGCCCGAGUUCCUCUCAAUGUUGAGGGACAUGCCGGCUCCAAUACAUCAACCGCCACUGCACAAGGACUUCAAGGUUUGCGAGUCGCUACCUCCAAUUCUCACUUCGGCUUCGGUACCUCAAGGUCUCUCGCUGGACUUCUUGGAUGAAGCUGGAGGCUGGUCUCAUCGGGAUGUGACGGGAGCACAGCGACGAUCACCAUCCCCACUGCAGCUAUUGCAGGCCGUAGCUUCCUCUGGAACGCGGCUCUCCAAUCUCUUCAUCUCGGUCCAGGUGGAUGAUGGAUCAUAG